CACUGCCUGCCGCUCUGGCUGCUCUACAUGGAGCUGGAGCUGCGCACCGGCGGCGCGGAGCUGGAGGCCAUCUGCUACCGCGCAGUACAGGCGUGCCCCUGGUCCAAGCAUGCGCACCUGUACCUGGCCGGCCGCCAGCUGGCGCGCGCCUGCGACCUGAUGUCGCGCGCCGGCCUCCGCCUGCGCCUGCCGCUAGAGGAGCUUGAUCUCCUGCUGGAAGAAGAGCCGGAGCUAGCGGCGGAGAGAGCCGCCGAGGAAUCGGAGAGAGCCGCAGAGCUGGCGGAUAGAGCGCUACGCACGGAGGGAGGGCGGACGGGGACGGCGAAAGCCAGCCGCUCGGACCUGGAGACGGACGGCGACUCCGAGUCGGCGGACGGAGAAUCGCUGUCGGUGAGCGACAGUGACUCUGAGUCGUUGAAGAGUCAUGAUUCGGCGAGAGGUGGCGAGUCGGAUGUGGGCGAGGGAAGCGUCGGAGAGCUGGCCCGACUCGAAGACUAAAUGCCUCCGAGUCGGUGGUGACUCAGACACUGACUCACGGCGUGGUGGGUCGGUGUCUGGCGAGAAAGCAUCGGAUGCGCUGCACUGCCUGCGCCGGCCGUCGCAGUGCGCUCUAAGGCAGAGGUACACGCGACGAAUUCGUGGGAACGUGCAAGCCGCUCUCAUCGGUCACUCGGUCACUCGGAAC